ACGGAGAAUAGGGAGGUCCACGUCGCGAGCAACGUGGGAAGCCGCGUGGCGAGCUGCCUGAAGCCGACAUCCAGGUUAGGUCUCUGGCGCGCGCCUUGAAGCGAACUCGCGCGGUUCACCGAUCAUCCGGUCGCCGAGGACUGAGAUUUCGGUCCGACAACACUCUACGCACUUUGCUUCACACAUACUCACUUUUUCGACAAUUUUUCCUCUACGUCCGCCAUACUGAUGAACCCGCGGUCCGCCGUGGAAGUGGAAGAGACUCCGGUCCGGUGGAUGAGCCGCACGUUGGUCAGACUGCGUGCGAGUGCGAAAGCGAACGAUCCGGGAGUGCGACUGCACGUGAAUGACGUGAAACGUCCGGCCGGUCGAGCUCAGACCUUUGCAGACCUCGGACUUCCGAUUCACGUCGAGAUCCCGACUUGAGAAUUUACAUCGCAAGAUGUCGGCCGAUACAUACAACAAGGUCACUCAUUGCAUAUUCGACAUGGACGGUUUGUUGCUCGAUACAGAACAUCUAUACACCAAGGCUUUCAAUCGUAUCAUCAAUCGUUACGGUAAAGAAUUCACGUGGGACCACAAAGCAAAAACGAUGGGUUUCAAAACCAAGGACGUUGCUAGUUUUGCAGUUGAAGAGUUGGAGCUCCCAAUAACGGCCGAGGAGUUUUGGCAAGAGAUUGUCGGGAUCUUCAAGGAAUUGUUUCCGCACACUAGUACCAUGCCAGGCGCUGUACGGCUCUUGAAGCAUCUAAAGGAAAACAACGUUCCGAUUGCUUUGGCCACAAGCUCCGACCGACACAAUUAUGAUUUGAAAACCCAGCGUUGGCAUGAUCUCUUCGAGAUCUUUGAUCACAAAGUGAUCGGCGGCUCGGAUUCUGAGGUUGUACACGGAAAGCCGGCACCCGAUAUAUUUUUCACGGCCGCCAAGCGUUUCGACGACAAUCCGGAUCCUUCGAAGUGUCUGGUCUUCGAGGAUGCGCCAAACGGGGUGAAAGCUGCACUAAACGCUGGAAUGCAGGUCGUUAUGGUGCCGGAUCCGAUGCUUCCCAAACAUUACACGAACGAAGCGACUUUGGUUCUGAACAGUCUCGAGGACUUUCAGCCGGAGAAGUUUGGAUUGCCACCAUACGAGACGUAAUAUAUUUUCUUUUUCCAGGAAAAGACUAUCGAGGCGCACGCAUAAUAGAUACAUAUAUAUGUAUAUACAGAGUCGGUAUUAUCUUGAAAUGCAUAAAAUUAAAAAUAAUUUAAUGAUUUAACGCGUGCAGUCUUUCCUUCGAUUUGUCUGUUAUUUCUUAAUCGAUGCGUAUUUUUCUCUUUAAAUCUCCUUGUCUGUGUCGUCGGAUAAAUCACCCAAUUCGUCGAAAUCCUCUUGCGUUCCGCCAGCACCGCCAAACAUUGCUGCGUUAGAACUGGCGCCGCUGAAUAUACCCGUAAUAUUUACGCACGAGAACUUGUUGCGUUUCAAUUGUUUGUCGAUCGCCUCUUUCAGGGUGUUGUACGCGGCGAUCAUGUCUCGUGAACACUGGGACAACAAAUCUGAAAGCAGAUUUUUAAGAGAUUAUUAAUUCACGUUUCUCUAAUCGUUUCAUAUGGAUUUUGGUAAAACAUGUAACAAAAAGGGAUCGUUACGUUUGUAAACCGGUUGGCUAAUAUCAAACAUCUUGUGAUAAUAGUAUAAUUGAUUGUAGAGAUCCGUCCCGGAAUACUGAAAAAGUAUAAGCGUAUUAUUAUCACCUUGUAGUGAAAAUUUCGUGUAAUUUGUUCGAUUAAACUUACAACUUUGCUCAUGGAAACGUCUUUGCAUACUGGACAAUCCGGAAAUUUUUUCGCGAAAUCUAACGGCAAUCUUCUUGUUCGGUUGGAACAAAGCGGAUUCUCGCAUUCCAACCAACCACUGUAAUAUUUGCUGAUCGCUUUCCUUAUAGCAAGUUGAAUCACAUUCUGUAUCACGUUUGCAUAUUUCCAUGGUGGUAAUUUACAAUCCUGAUUAGGGCACAUAUUGAGCGACAAUUGCCGACCAGAAUGCUAUGCAAAGAAUAACAAAUAUGUAAAUAUAUUCUCAAUAUAAUGUAAAAACUAUUAUAAAUAUAUUACUACUAGUUUUUUUUACAGAGAUAAAAUAUUCGAAAUAAUCUUGAAACUCUAAAAAAAAAAAAAAAAAAAAACACUUACAAACUCUGUUA